CAAAUUGCAGCUGGUGAUUUAACUUUGUGAUGAUGUGCCUUCAGAUAUGUUGCUGUGCAUAGCCUCGUUUGUCGUCAACUGGAGAUAGUGAAUGUGCUGCCUGAUGUUAAAUGUUGAGACGGUUGUUAUAUCUGUAGAAUUGGCUGUUGAAUGAGUGGAACAUGCCCAUGCUGUAGAAAGUGUGAUUUUGUAGGGCAUCCAUAACCAGGUUGACGGGUUUGACUUCUGUAGAAGGUGACAUUUCAGUUGUCAAAUGUUGAAACUUGAAAGCUCCUGAUAAUUCUGCCUGGAGUCCUUUGCCAGAUAUUCCUGAAUCCUCAGCCUGGAAGGCCAUCGAUAAGUUCAGUGAGGGGUUGAGAGGAUCAUUACUCUUCAGAAGAUCUGAGGUUUCUGUCUUUAGUUAUCAUGGACUUGUCGAGCCUAACAGUUCCAUUGUUGAAGGCACAGCUGCUAGCAAGAAAUGUUGACAUCAGAGGAACUAAAGCAGUUCUUGUAGAACGAUUGAGAGAAGUUCUUCAUGGUGAAGGUGUUGAUGAGGCAUUCUUUGUUGCUCAGCUGUUUGGCAACCCUACAGGUGGAAUGGAACAGGCAGAUGAGUCUACAGAAGAUCCGUCAGCCAUUGUGAGGCAGCACGUCAGCGCUCCAGUGCCCAGCCAGCCAGAGGUGAAGAGUCCAGGUGGUCCGGGCUACCUUGCCCCGGUGAAUCCUGAAGAUGCUGAUCGAAGACUGAAGAUGCUGAUCGAAGACCAAGAGGACGGAAGAGGACGAAAGCAAGGGGACGGAGGUCAGCCAACUGAUGAUGUGAAGCCAGGUGACAGUGUGUCUCAAGUGGGUGCGUCCCUAGCAUCCAGGCACUCAGGAUCGUCAGGGACACUGGCGUCUCUGAGGGCUCAGCAGGCUGCCAAGCAAGCUGCUCUGAAGGUUAAAAUGAAGUACUUGAGAGAGAAACAAGCACUGGAACUCAAAGAACAAGAGCUCAAGAUGAAGAAAGAGGAACUCGAGCUGCAGCAAGCCCUGGCGGAGUCAGAGGCUAUUGAAACAGCACUGACGGCAAGCAGCCCAAACUCUGCUGUCUCUGGAGGUGUUGACCAACAUGCAAAUGACUUUGGUCAGAACCCAGUCACUGUGAAGCAGGUCUCUCGCCCCCAGGUAUCAGCUCCGGAAGUUGGAGGAGUAGAUGGUGAGGACCCUCACUCUGCUUUGAUGAGGAAGCUGUUGACAUCAAGCAUCCUUCCUAAACCUGAGAUUCCGGUAUUUUCAGGAGACCCGACCAGGUUUCAUCAGUUUCUCAGGGCCUUUGACGGACGUAUUGACAGCGUUGUGACAGAUGAAGGCGACAAGCUUUGCUACCUGGAGCAGUUCACUUCAGGAGUACCACGUGAUAUUGUCAGAGGGUGCAUGUUUAUGUCAUCAGGUGGAUACCAGGAGGCGAGGAGAUUGUUGCUGAAGAGAUAUGGCAAUCCUCAAAAAAUGACUGAAUCUUUUAUCGAAAGGUUGAUGACCUGGCCUCAGGUAAGAAAUGAUGACGUGACGGCUCUGGAUCGCCUGGCAGUGGAGCUGCGGACCUGCAGCAAUGCAGUUGGAAGCCUGGGUGGAUCCGAUGAACUCAACCAUCCCAAAACCCUACGGAGACUUCUCGAGAAGUUGCCAUUCUCGAUUCAAGAGGGAUGGAGACGAGAAGUGGACAGGAUCGCAGAAAGGAAUGAAAGACAAGCUUCAUUCACAGACCUGGUGAACUUCGUUGAGGUAGAGGCACGGAUAGCGUCAAACUCCUCUUUUGGUCGUCAGCUGUUUUCGAACUUCUCGAAGAAGACGUCAGACCCUAGAAGCUCAAACCCUAGAGGUCAAGUAAAGAAGUGCAACCGCAUCGGGGCUGAUCAACAGCGGGCCUGCCUCUUCUGUGCAGAAGAGCAUCACGUGGAGGCCUGCAAGAAUCUAAGGAUGAAAUGUCGCACAGAAAGGGAGACCUUCGUAAAGAACAACGGCCUCUGUUUUGGAUGUCUCAACAAAGGACAUGUGUCAAAGUUCUGUAACAGAAGGAGGACAUGCGCGAUCUGUAAGAAAAGACACCCAACAUCUUUGCACUAUGAACAGCAGCCUCAGCAACCAAGUGAAGGAGAACGGACGCAGAGUCCUCAAGAACAAACAAGAGUGAAGAGCCUGGGGGUUGAUCUGCUGAAAACAGGUGAUGGGUUGAAGUCGAGGACGCCAGCCGUCAUGAUGUCCAUCUUGCCAGUCAGGGUGUGGUCUUCGGAUGGUGGUAAGGAAGUUGAGACCUACGCUUUCUUGGAUGGAGGCAGCUCAGCUACAUUCUGUUCAAGGUCUCUUCUGGAUGAGCUGGGAGUUGUUGGGGAAGACACCAAGAUCUCUAUGACCACAGCUUCAGUCGAGAACCAGGAGCUGGACAGUCGUGUAGUACGAGGGUUGAAGGUUGCCGGCUUGGACGGCGACAACAUGAUUCCACUCCCUCCUACUUACACUCUCAGUGCCAUCCCUGUGAAGCAUGAGGAUAUGGCCUCAAGUGAAGAUGUUGAUCAGUGUGCCCAAUUGAAGGGGAUCGAGUUGCCCCGCAUCGAUGCAGAGAUUGGACUCCUGAUAGGAAAUGAUUGCCCAGAAGCUCUCCAGCCUGUAGAGAUCAGAAGAAGUCAGAACGGUGGUCCGUACGCUAUUCGAACAGACUUGGGUUGGGUGGUGCAGGGCCCGAGGCACAACUCUCUGCUGGAUGGAAGAAGAGUGAAGGUAAACCGCGUGCAAGUUGACAAGAUGAAGCUUGAUGAGAUGCUGGUUAACAUGUACGACAAAGAAUUUCCAGAGAAGAUCAGCGCCACCGAGAAGGGGCCCUCAGAGGAGGAUCGUCGCUGGAUGGAGAAGGUGACUCGGAGUUGUAAACGACAGGCAAAUGGACACUUCCAAAUAGCGUUGCCAUUCCGAGAUACUGACCCUGCGAUGCCAAACAACAAGACAUGCGCUCAAAGAAGACUCGUGGGCCUCAAGAAGAAAUUGGAGAAGGAUGUGAAGUUCUCUCAAGACUACCGCAAAUUCAUGGAGGACAUGUUCAGGAAGGGACAUGCCGAGAAGGUUCCCACGGAGAGCCUGACAAGAAAUGAUGGAAAGGUGUGGUACAUACCUCAUCAUGGGGUUUACCACCCGUUCAAAAAGGAGAAGAUCCGAGUAGUCUUCGAUUGUGCGGCAAGGUUUCGGGACGUUUCCCUGAACAGUGUUCUCAUGCAGGGGCCAGAUCUAGCGAACUCGUUGACAGAUGUUUUGGUGCAGUUCAGAGAGGGUCCUUGCGCGUUUGUCGCUGACGUGGAAGCUAUGUUUUAUCAGGUAGCUGUUCCUGAAGAGGACCGAGACGUCAUGAGGUUCUUGUGGUGGCCAGGUGGCGAUUUCUCCAGAGAUCCGGAGGAGUUCCGGAUGACCGUGCACUGCUUCGGGGCAAGCUCAUCUCCAAGCUGUGCCAACUUCGCUUUGAGAAAGUGUGCUGAUGACAAGGAAGACUGUGAUCCCGAAGUGAGCAAGGCUGUGAAACAGAAGUUCUAUGUAGAUGAUUGCCUUGUGUCAGUUGAAACGCCAGAAGAUGCUGUGAAGAUGGCGAAGGAGUUGAAAGAUGUGUGUGAUCUUGGCGGUUUCCGACUAACGAAGUUUGUCAGCAACAGCCGUGAGCUGCUCGAGUCGGUUCCAAAGGAAGAACGUGGGAGAUGUGUCACUGAGCUGAACCUGAGUAUCGACGCGCUUCCAGUGGAGAAGGUCCUGGGUGUGUGCUGGACGUUGGAGGACGAUGCACUCAGCGUAAGGGUGACAACAAGAAGUUCGCCGGCUACCAGAAGAGGCAUUCUCUCGAUGAUCGCAGCCAUGUAUGACCCCCUGGGAAUCGUGUCGCCAGCCGUUGUUCGAGGACGCCUGAUCAUGCAGGACUUGAUGAGGCUGCAGUUGGAUUGGGAUUCGUCCAUUCCUUUGCAGCAGAAAACACAGUGGGAAGCAUGGGUGGCGAAUCUUCCUGGACUGGCAAAGGUGACGCUUCCGAGAUGCUACCGGCCAGUUGGCUUUGGCGACGUCGUAUCGGCUCAGUUGCACAACUUCUCGGACGCCAGCCAACAGGCUUACGCCUGUGUCACGUACCUGCGCCUCACGAACUCUGCCGGCAAGGUUCACUGUGCGUUCGUUUUUGGAAAGGCACGCGUGGCUCCAUUGAAGGCGAUGACAAUUCCGCGGUUGGAGCUCGCUGCAGCCACGAUGGCUGUCAGGAUAAGCACGAUGCUGGAGAAGGCUCUUGAGAUGUCUAUCCACGGAGUCUACUAUUGGACAGAUAGUACCACCGUGCUGCGGUACAUCCGAAACGACCGGGCCAGGUAUCACACCUUCGUUGCAAACCGCCUCGCAGUGAUCCGUGAUGGAUCAGCAACCUGCCAGUGGAGACACGUCGGCUCCAAGCAGAACCCAGCCGACGAUGCAACCAGAGGAGUGCAGACCGAGCGCUGGCUGCGCGGCCCAGAGUUCCUGUGUGAAGAGGAGGCGCGGUGGCCUCAGAUGCCGGCAGCCAUGGUCACUGAAGAAGACGACCCAGAAGUGAGGAAAGAAGUCAAGGUCGCCACAGCUGUCAUCGAGGAAGAGACUCCGACCUGGAGGCUGAUUAGGCACUACUCAACCUGGUACCGGCUAAAAAGAGCAGUUGUGUGGAUCAGACGCGUGGCGCAGAUCCUCAAGGCGCGGAAGUCAGGGAAAGAGGGAGCAUCUUUCAGCGGACGCAUCACGGUGGAAGAGCUCGAUCAAGCAGAGAGGGCAAUCGUUGGCGUCGUGCAGGCGUCGGCGUUUCCAGAAGAGCUGAGUUCGCUGAAGAGAGGUGGCCUGGUCAAGCGAUCCAGUCCUCUGUUCCGGCUCAAUCCCCAGAUUCAAGAUGGCAUCAUUUGUGUCGGAGGCAGAUUGGGCGCUGCGCCUGUCCACGCGCGUGCACGUCAUCCGUUCCUGCUGCCGGGUAAGGGCCACGUAACGGACUUGGUGAUCCGAGCCUUCCACGCGCUGGCCGGUCAUUCCGGCCGUGAACACGUGCUGGCUGCCCUCCGCAGCAGGUACUGGAUCAUCAAGGCCAACUCAGCAGUCCGAGCGGUGUUGUCAAGAUGUACCAGCUGCAGAAGAAGACAGGCACCGGUCGUGAGUCAAGUGAUGUCAGACUUGCCGCCUGAAAGAGUCACACCGGAUGAGCCUCCUUUCACCAAGGUUGGAUGUGAUUACUUUGGCCCGUUCUUUGUGAAGAGUGGUAGAAGGCAGAGCAAGAGAUACGGUGUACUUUUUACCUGCUUGACCACUCGUGGGGUUCACAUAGAAGUGGCAAACAGUCUUGAUACAAGCUCGUUCAUCAAUGCACUACGGCGCUUUCAAGCCAGGCGGGGUCAAGUUCAAUACAUCCGUUCCGACAAUGGAACAAACUUUGUAGGGGCGGAACAUGAACUGCGCGAAGCUGUGUCCAACCUGAACAGUGAAGAGGUGCACAACUUCUUACUUCAGAAGGGCAUCACUUGGAUCUUCAAUGCGCCAGGAGCAUCGAGCCACGGAGGCGUCUGGGAACGUCAAGUUCGAACCAUCAGGAAGGUUCUGGAAGCCUUGCUUCAGGAGCAGACAAUGGACGAUGAAGCAGUUCACACACUCAUGUGUGAAGUCGAAAACGUCAUCAACAGCCGUCCGCUCACCCCCGUUUCCAGUGACCCUGCAGACCUGGAACCGAUUACGCCAAAUCACCUGUUGUUGCUCCGGGGCGGCGCUGUUCCACCCGGCAUCUUUGUGAGGUCAGACAGCUUCUCCAAGCGACGAUGGCGCCAGGUUCAAUACCUCGCAGACAUCUUUUGGAGAAGAUGGGUGUCGGAGUAUCUGCCGCUGUUGCAGCACAGACAGAAGUGGAUGAAAACUGAAAGAAACCUCUCAGUAGGGGAUCUCGUCUUGGUUGUUGACUUAUCUCUUCCGCGACUUCAAUGGCCUUUAGGACGUGUGGCUGAGGUGUUCCCAGAUGCUAGCGGCCAUGUGAGGACUGUUGUUGUCAAGACGGCACGCUCAGUUCUCAAGCGACCAAUCAACAAGCUGGUGCUCGUGCAAGAGGAGUAGCGGGUUUCUGUUUGAAUCAGGUGGAGGUUGGAUAGCUUACCUUGUAUUGGUUGUAGUUCAGCUGGUGGCGGCUUGCCAGCCUUCAUCAGGUCGGAGAGAGCCUAGAGUUUGGUUGAACCUUGAUCGGUUCAAGGAGGAGGGUGUAAGCGCGAAGAUGUAUUUCUGUCCUUUAUUCCUUUUAUUUACCGGCCGCAACCUCCAGCGUGGGCUCUCCUCAUGUAUGUUUUGAGACGUUUAGUUUUUGCCCCGCCGAGCCUGUGUAGAAGGCGGCCGGCCUGUGUCUGCAGUGGUAAAAGCGAUAUAAUUCGGAACCGUGUGUUGUGUCAACCCGGCAUAAUACAUGAGUACCGAGAUAUCGCCUCUAAGAGGGGCCCGGCGAGUGAGACACCUGCUACGAGCCCACUUUGAGGCAACAAGCGAACUGCUGCAAAACGCACAGGCGGUCAC